AAAAACAUUUCUACGAACGGACGAAAAAACUCUCGUUCAUCCGUCCGAAAAAGGCAACUUUAAAGCUGCUUAACAAUAAGUAUUUAACUGCCGUAAAGUAGUUCUUUAGUGCCGUGAAUCGUGUUUAUUUCAGCGCUCGCGGCGGCUCGCUCCUCGCUGGCCGCGCGGCGCCCACAUUUGCAGACGUUCCCCGCCGCCGCCGAGCCUUCCCGGCAUGCCUAGCGCGGCCAACGGCUCUCCGCCGACCGCUCGCCCAUUGAAUUACGGCGCUCCGCGCGGUUCGGCUCGGUUUUAUGGAACAAUCCGCCCGGAUCCAGGCCCGCUAAGCCGACACACGCCCUCGCACCGCCCGGCAGCUUCGGUUUGAUUCUCCGCGGUCGUCGACGGUGCUGCUCCCGGGCUCGCUGGCUGGUCUUGGCCGGGGAAGCGGAGCUGGUCCCGGGCGAUGAUGGAGCUGGAGUCGGCCAGUAGCAGAGGCGACCCCGCAGCCGCCGCCGACCCGCUGCAGCCGCAGACGCCGAGCCGACACGAGAAGAGCCUGGGGCUGCUCACCACCAAGUUCGUGACGCUGCUGCAGGAGGCCAAGGACGGCGUGCUGGACCUGAAGGCGGCUGCCGACACCUUGGCCGUCCGGCAGAAGAGACGCAUUUAUGACAUCACUAACGUCCUGGAGGGCAUCGGCCUGAUCGAGAAGAAGUCUAAGAACAGCAUCCAGUGGAAGGGUGUAGGCCCCGGCUGCAACACCAGGGAGAUAGCAGACAAGCUGAUCAACCUGAAGAGCGAGCUGGAUGACCUGGCGCUGCGGGAACACGAGCUGGACCAGCAGAAAGUCUGGGUCCAGCAGAGCAUCAAGAACGUGACGGAUGACUCCAGCAACAGCCCUAUGGCGUAUGUCAGACAUGAAGACCUCUGUGGAGCAUUUAAAGGGGACACGCUCCUGGCUAUCCGGGCCCCCAUAGGCACCCAGCUAGAAGUACCGGUACCAGAAAUCGUUCUCAACGGACAGAGGAAGUACCAGAUCCGCCUGAAGAGCACGUCUGGUCCCAUCGAGGUUCUGUUGGUCAACAAGGACCCGUCCAGCGCCUCUCCUGUGGUUUUACCCGUCCCACCUCCAGAGGACGUCCUCCACAGCCUGCCAGCACCAGCACCUACCUCCCAGACGCCUCCUGCUCUCUCAAAGGUCCCCAGAACCCCUUCAGCCACAAAAGCAGCUCCUGCCACAACGCCGGUGUCUGCAGCUCCAGACGUGCCGAGCGGCGUGCAGCUCCCCCCCACGGCGGAGACGCCCGCCGCCGGGCCUCAGCAGCUGCAGUCUUCUGCCUCUUUGGACGGGUCGGCACCUUCGGCGCCGUUUGGACCCGUGAAGUCGGAUCCGUCUGAGCUUCUGGACUUUCCCAAAGAACUUUCUGAAAUGUUCGACCCAACUAAAGAGAUCAUGACCGGGGACCUGUUGGACGACCUGAUGUCGUCAGAAGUGUUCUCGCCUCUCCUCCGUCUGUCGCCUCCACCCAGCGACCAUGACUACAUCUACAACCUGGAUGAAACUGAAGGCCUCUGUGACCUCUUCGACGUGCCCAUCCUCAACCUCUGACCCCCCCUCUUCUCUCCACGGACCCUGAGGACUGGAGCAGGAGGCCCCCGCACUCCGCCCAGCGUUUGACAGACGGCGCCGCGUUGCCCCGCUGAGCUCCGGCUGAAGCUCCAUGAAAACGUGAAGCUUUACCAGGAAAAAGAGUCAAACAGUUGUUUAGCGUUGUUGCUGUGUAGAAAGAUGCUUGUUUCUAUGUGACUGAAUUAUCUGAGAAGCUCUCCAGGGAAGAGAACAAAGAGAACCCUUUUUAAUCAGGUCGGAUUGCUUUAGCCCAACGGCUGGUCCUCGUUGUACAUAGAGAAGAUAUAUAUUUUUAAUACAAGCUCACAAAGCUAUGGUUCAUCAUUUACUGCAGCUGCCUCACAUGAAAGUGACUUUUAGCGAGGGCUGGACGAUGUGGAAACAGCGUAUGGACAAAUAGAAACCAGAUGGUUGAUACUGAUCAUUUAAGUGCAGCUCUGGCCAUUUUAAGAUGUUAUUUGAUGACUUUUUUUUUAAAUAAAGAACACUGACUUCAAACACAAGCC